CUCGCUCUGUCUUUUUUGGGCGCCAUGCUGAGGGGAAGACCAUACUUUGCCUUUUAAAAGAAAUGCCACCCACAUUCAGAGACACAAGUGCAGCAGUUUGGGAAGAUGGUGAGUUGGAAGAAGGCGAGCUGGAAGAUGACGGGGCCGAGGAGACGCAGGACACCUCCGGGGGCCCCGAGAGGAGCCGGAAGGAGAAGGGGGAGAAGCACCACAGCGACUCGGACGAGGAGAAGUCUCACCGGAGGCUGAAGCGGAAGCGCAAGAAAGAGCGGGAGAAGGAGAAGAGGAGGGCCAAGAAGAGGAGGAAAUCCAAGCAUAAACGUCACGCCUCCUCCAGCGAUGACUUCUCGGACUUCUCCGAUGACUCGGACUUCAGCCCCAGCGAGAAGGGGCACCGCAAAUACCGAGAGUAUAGCCCGCCCUACGCGCCGUCCCACCAGCAGUACCCUCCGUCCCACACCACGCCCCUGCCCAAGAAGUCCUACUCCAAGAUGGACAGCAAAGGCUACGGCAUGUACGACGACUACGAGAACGAGCAGUACGGGGAGUACGAGGGGGAGGAGGAGGAGGACAUGGGCAAGGACGACUACGACGACUUCACCAAAGAGCUGAACCAGUACCGGCGCGCCAAGGAGGGCAGCAGCCGGGGCCGAGGCAGCCGGGGCCGAGGCAGGGGCUACCGGGGCCGAGGCAGCCGUGGAGGGUCUCGAGGCCGAGGCAUGGGCAGGGGCAGCCGAGGCAGAGGCAGAGGCUCUGUGGGAGGAGACCACCCAGAGGACGAAGAGGACUUCUACGAGGAGGAGAUGGACUAUGGGGAGAGUGAGGAGCCGAUGGGGGAUGAGGACUACGACGACUACUCCAAGGAGCUGAGCCAGUACCGCCGGUCCAAGGACGGCCGAGGGCGAGGGUUAAGUCGAGGCCGAGGCCGGGGUUCCCGAGGUCGAGGGAAAGGGAUGGGCCGGGGACGCGGUCGAGGAGGCAGCCGAGGUGGGAUGAACAAGGGCGGGAUGAACGACGACGAAGACUUCUACGACGACGACAUGGGUGAUGGUGGUGGGAGCUACCGGAGGAGUGACCACGACAAGCCCCACCAGCAGUCCGACAAGAAAGGCAAAGUCAUCUGCAAAUACUUCGUGGAGGGGCGGUGCACGUGGGGAGACCACUGUAAUUUUAGCCACGACAUCGAGCUACCAAAGAAGCGAGAACUGUGCAAGUUCUACAUCACUGGGUUUUGUGCCCGAGCCGAGAACUGCCCCUACAUGCAUGGUGAUUUCCCGUGUAAGCUGUACCACACGACUGGGAACUGUAUCAACGGCGACGACUGCAUGUUCUCUCACGACCCCCUGACCGAGGAGACCCGAGAGCUCUUGGACAAGAUGCUGGCGGACGAUGCGGAGGCGGGCGCCGAGGAUGAGAAGGAGGUGGAGGAGCUGAAGAAGCAGGGCAUCAACCCCCUGCCCAAGCCACCCCCGGGCGUGGGCCUCCUGCCCACCCCACCCCGUCCGCCCGGCCCACCGGCCCCCACAUCUCCAAAUGGCCGGCCCAUGCAGGGCGGCCCCCCGCCCCCGCCCCCGCCCCCGCCUCCGCCCCCCGGACCCCCUCAGAUGCCCCUGCCAACGCACGAGCCGCUGUCCCCGCAGCAGCUGCAGCAGCAGCAGGACAUGUACAAUAAGAAGAUCCCCUCCUUGUUUGAGAUCGUGGUGCGGCCCACAGGGCAGCUGGCUGAGAAGCUGGGCGUGAGGUUCCCUGGACCCGGAGGACCCCCUGGGCCAAUGGGCCCUGGGCCCAACAUGGGACCCCCAGGGCCAAUGGGGGGCCCGAUGCAUCCUGACAUGCACCCCGACAUGCACCCAGAUAUGCACCCUGACAUGCACCCCGACAUGCACCCAGAUAUGCCGAUGGGCCCCGGCAUGAACCCUGGCCCACCCAUGGGCCCUGGCGGCCCUCCCAUGAUGCCCUACGGUCCCGGAGACUCCCCGCACUCUGGAAUGAUGCCCCCCAUCCCACCAGCCCAGAACUUCUAUGAGAACUUCUACCAGCAGCAGGAGGGCAUGGAGAUGGAGCCAGGGCUCAUUGGGGACACAGAGGACUACGGGCACUACGAAGAGCUGCCGGGGGAGCCUGGGGAGCACCUCUUCCCCGAGCACCCUCUGGAGCCAGACAGCUUCUCUGAGGGAGGGCCCCCAGGCCGGCCGAAGCCGGGCGCCGGUGUCCCCGACUUCCUGCCCUCGGCCCAGAGGGCCCUGUACCUGAGGAUCCAGCAGAAGCAGCAGGAGGAGGAGAGAGCGAGGAGGCUGGCUGAGAGCAGCAAGCAGGACCGGGAGAAUGAGGAAGGUGACACUGGGAACUGGUACUCAAGCGAUGAGGAUGAAGGUGGGAGCAGUGUCACCUCCAUCCUGAAGACGCUGAGGCAGCAGACGUCUAGCCGGCCCCAGGCUUCUGUUGGAGAGCUGAGCGGCAGUGGGCUGGGGGACCCCCGCCUCCAGAAGGGACACCCCACGGGAGGCCGACUGGCUGACCCCCGCCUCAGCCGGGACCCCAGGCUCUCCCGCCAUGCCGAGGCUUCCAGCGGGUCAGGCCCAGGGGACACCGGACCCUCUGACCCGCGACUGGCUCGCUCCCUGCCCACCUCCAAGCCUGAUGGCGGCUUGCAUUCCAGCCCUGCCGGUCCCGGGGGCUCCAAGGGGUCUGGGCCACCCCCGGCGGAAGAAGAGGAAGGGGAACGAGCCCUGCGGGAGAAGGCCGUCAACAUUCCCCUGGAGCCGCUCCCUGGGCACCCACUGCGGGACCCGCGGUCACAGCUGCAGCAGUUCAGCCACAUCAAGAAGGACGUGACCCUGAGCCGGCCCAGCUUCGCCCGCACUGUGCUCUGGAGCCCCGAGGACCUGAUCCCGCUGCCCCUGCCCAAGCAGGAGGCGGCGCCCCCCGUGCCCGCCGCCCUGCAGUCCCUGCCGGCGCUGGAUCCCAGGCUGCACCGCGCCGCCGCCUCGGGGCCCCCCAACCCCCGGCAGCGUUCGGGCAACUCUGCAGAUGCCGGCGCGGCCGGCUCCAGCCUGCCUGACUUUGAGCUCCUCUCACGCAUCCUCAAGACUGUCAACGUGACUGGCCCCUUGGCCACCCCUGGCUCCGGCGACAAGCCCAGUGACCCCCGAGUGCGGAAGACGCCCACCGACCCCCGGCUGCAGAAACCCACAGACUCCACCACUGCCUCCUCCCGAGCGGCCAAACCCGGCUCUGGCGAGGUGCCCUCUCCGGCUGCCAGCCCCAGUGGGGAGUCCUCCCCACCGGCCACCGCCCCCUACGACCCCCGCGUGCUGGCAGCUGGCGGCCUAGGCCAGGGCGGCGGGGGCAGCCAGAGCAGCGUGCUGAGCGGCAUCAGCCUCUACGACCCCAGGACUCCCAACACGGGGGGCAAAGCCGCAGAGCCGGCCGCCGACGCGGGUGCCCAGCCCAAGGGCCCUGAGGGCAACGGCAGGAGCUCUGCUGCCGCCAAGGCUAAGGAGCCCCCGUUUGUCCGCAAGUCCGCCCUGGAACAGCCUGAGUCCGGGAAGCCCGGGGCCGACGGGGCCACGGCCACGGACAGAUACAACAGUUACAACCGGCCCCGGCCCAAGGCUGCCGCGACCCCUGCUGCCGCCGUGGGCACCCCGUCAGCAGAGGGCAGCCUGCCCCAGCCCGGCGUGCACAACCUGCCUGUGCCCACCCUCUUCGGGACCGUGAAACCGGCACCCAAGACGGGCUCCGGAAGCCCAUUUGCUGGCAACAGCCCAGCCCAAGAGGGUGAGCAGGACGCUGGGUCCCUGAAAGAUGUGUUUAAAGGCUUCGACCCCACCGCCUCCCCUUUCUGCCAGUAGUGUUAAGCCGGAGUCCAGCACUCCCCGCACCCCACCCUUCCCAGGGCAAUA